ACGUCUUAGUGGACUGGAUAAAAGAAUGUGAACCAAGCCAAAAAUACUCAGUCAAACAUGCAUUCCUAGCUCCAUCGACAUCGCGGGGGCUGGCUUGCUUCGCCGGCGCUGAAUCACGCAACGGCCGACUCGGAAACCCUCGGUCGGCCGGUCUGUCGCUCCAUGUGACAAUCGGCGAGGAGGCUGCCGGGCUUCCUCGUCAAUACACACGGCCGCCGCAGAUAAUUCGCGCCGUGUCCUGCUGCUGGCGGCCAGCGCUGCCCGGCGCUUACACAAUACUGCCACCUUCAAGGCCAGGGCCACCUGCACCUACGGUGUACCUCAUCGCCUCCAUCUUCGGUUCUUGUGUCCACCAGCGCCCACCAACGCUCUGCGUCGACUCGUCGAAUCGUCGACAUGUCCACACCACACCUGAAACACGCACGCGCCUGCCGGGAGACAUCACUGUGGCCAAGGUGCCUCCUUGAAGCUUUGCCUCCUUAGAAACCCAACCUAGGCCACCGUGACUGUCACUCUUCGUUCGGUGUGGCCUUCCAGCCGGCGAAGAGGCCGCGCGCCAGGCUUUGUUGGUGCUCGAUGACGACCCGGCAGGGCGCGCGCAUCGUCCCGUCCUGAUGGGAACGCCUUCGAUUGGAUCCCUCCUGAGCAGGAGGCUCGGUCGCCCAGUGUCAGACGCAGCGGAGCGUCACACACACCGACAAGAAUCUCGCAUCACGAGAAUAAUGGGCCGGGCCAUGCUCAACACUAGGAAGCCUCCCGCCAGGGCAACGGCAGCUGGACCAACUAGAGUCACCCACUUGCUCCCACCGCUGUUGCCCUCCAGCCCUCCCAUUAUUGGUUCAAGAGUCAUCAUCAUUCCCCAACCUAUCACAUGGCCCAUCGCAGCCACCGCCAACCGUGACCACUCUUGCCAUGUAGAAUAUCACAUUCUGGUCUGAGACCAAGUGAACUCGACCGUUUUUCAUGCCUAUUCCCUCUGACCGGGAUUAUCCUCCUUCAAGUGUCGGUGUGGUGAUCCUUCCGCGCGCAGAGUUUGGACACCCUUGUGUCUAAAUUUUGACACUUUCCGUCCAUAAUAUUCUGUGGCAUGGCGGGUAGGCCAGCCCUUCCAACUCGGGAGCAUACACCGACAGCGGCUGAAGAUGGACGGGCUGCCUCAUAGAUGGUUGCCUGCCUUCACCAGUACCACCAUGCCGUGCAUAAGUGGCUCAGCUUACUGCGGUGGGUGUCAGCUUUUGGAAUUUGGGCUGGCAUACCUUUGUCCCAUCCAUCUUGCUCUGAUUAUCCUGAAAAGGUUGGCACUUGUACACCACCAACCUCCUGCCAAAUUUCACGAGGGGUUUGUGGGAGUGUGUUUAAGAAUACACAUGGGUCUCCUGUUUGGGUCUGGAUCUCUUUUGGUCGCGUCUUGGCCGCUCAUGCAGUGUUUGUGUGGGCCAAUAGACUUGCAGUCAGCGGCUAAGCCACCGAGCCGCUCGGCCAACGUCGAAGGUACCUGUAUAAUGGAAGAAAUGUCGACGCAAAGGGGUCAGCAGUGUGGCCGUCCGUCCUUCGACAACGAUAUGGAGCUCUUCUGAGCGGUGUAUUGACAAACUCAUCCCAUGAUGUCAAAAGAGCCGUCCAUAUGAGUCAAUAAUAGGCCACUCGAGGCUGGAAUGCCCUGCGGUUGUCAUGCGAUAUAUCUGUUGGCGGAGGACAAAGAGGUCAACCAGGUCGCAUGGCCGUUUAGUGCCCGCUCAGCCUUGCCUCCCAUCCUCGUCCGCAGUGCUUGGAGCCCUCGUGUCUGGUCCCCAAAUCGAGGCUAGGCUGACCGAGUGGCCGGCCUGCGCCGACGCCUGGGUACCGUCCCUCUGCACAAAGGCCAUAGCCGCUCAACGAGUAUAAAG